CCACCGGAGAAGUCAAGCAUUUGUCCUUGUGAAAUUACAAAAAGAGGAUCAAUAUGAAACUCGUUGUGUUCCUGACGUGUGUGCUUGGCUCAACAAUAGCUGCACCUGCCCUCGACAGUGGCAGCAAUGAGCAGGCAGCAGCUGAUAACGCUAACACAGCUUUACACCUGAUGGAGCUUUACAGAAUGAUAGGAAAACUCCAACAACAGGCAGGACCUGCUGUGGCGGCACCAGUUGAUGCACAGUCUCAGGUUUUACCUCAAGGACCUCAGCAGGUAUUCAAUCCUGCACCUAAGGGAGAUGGAUCAGAUGAGGAAGACACGCCAUUUAACGCCUUUUACGCUCACCAUGCCUCCCAGCCCGCACAGCCGGCUGCCCCAUUAAACUCAGAUGAGGCCGAAGCCGCAGAAGAGGCUGAGGCAGCUGAGGUAGCAGAAGGACCUGAGCCCACCGAAGCCACCCCAGCUGUGGAUGCCGGCACUGCCGGUGACAUCACCAUUACCGUUGCGGCUGCUGACCCGGUUCCUGAUGCCACUGCAGCUCCUGUUGCUGUCCAGCCAUCCGACAUCCCCCAGGAACCGUUGGUCGCCAUAGAAACUGACACCACCGUGGUUGGGCCUGAAGCUACCGUUGGUGCAGAACAGGUGGCUGAAGCCACAGCUCUGCCUGUGGUGUAAGUGAUGGGAAGCCCCGCCCACAGAUCUUGCCGGUCACACUGCUGACAUCAAGAUCACAACCGAACAUUAUAGUACAGGGACUGGGUUAGACCCAGAGGGUAUACGUCUAACUGGCCUGCUGAAACAAAAUUUGGCACAUUUCUGUCGUGUUGUGUGAAAUUGUUGCUUGGCAGGUGUUUUUUUAUGAUGACCUCAUUGUAUUGAGCCAGUACUGUGUUACGGUGUUGUAUUACUGUAUGAUGUGAUUCUGUGUAAUCUCUCAGUUUUCUGUCAAUAAAAUGUCUUGUUGCAGCUUAAA